CAAACAAGUCUGGAUGAAAAUAUACAAGGAAGAGGUUGAUGGAGGCAAAGAAGAGAUUCAGAGAAGAGAGGAACAUUUAAGGAGAUGGAAGAACUCAGGAAAGCCUUCACAGGACAUUGGAGCUGAGUUUUGAAGGAAGAUAAAGAUUUCAAAAGCCAAUUAUAACGAAUUGUAUCAGUGGUCGGUGGAGUCUUACUCAGAUUUCUGGGCAGAGUUCUGGAAAUUCAGUGGAAUUGUCUUCUCUCGUAUGUAUGAUGAGGUUGUUGAUACAUCGAAAGGAAUUGCUGAUGUACCCGAGUGGUUCAAAGGCAGUCGUCUGAAUUAUGCUGAAAACCUUCUGAAGCACAAGGAAAAUGACAAGAUCGCCCUGUAUGCUGCAAGGGAAGGCAAAGAGGAAAUUGUGAAGGUGACUUUUGCAGAAUUAAGACAACGUGUGGCUUUGUAUGCUGCAGCUAUGAGGAAAAUUGGAGUGAAAACAGGAGACAGGGUGGUUGGUUAUUUACCAAACAGUGUUUAUGCGGUGGAAGCGAUGCUGGCUGCAGCGAGCAUUGGGGCCAUUUGGAGUUCUACGUCCCCGGACUUUGGAGUGAAUGGUGUACUGGACAGGUUUUCCCAAAUUCAGCCGAAACUUAUCUUCUCUGUAGAAGCUGUUGUAUAUAAUGGCAAAGAACAUAACCACAUGGAGAAGCUGCACCGAGUUGUUAAAGGGCUUCCUGACUUGAAAAAAGUGGUAAUGAUACCAUAUGUGAGCUCCAGUGAGAAGAUUGACAUUUCGAAGAUUCCUCAUAGCAUAUUUCUAGAUGACUUCCUUGGAGCUGGGAAAGGAGACCAGGCCCCCCAAUUGGAGUUUGAGCAGCUGCCUUUCAACCAUCCCCUCUUUAUUAUGUUUUCCUCGGGUACCACUGGUGCUCCAAAGUGCAUGGUGCAUUCCGCUGGGGGUACCCUAAUCCAGCAUCUCAAGGAACACAUUCUUCAUGGGGACACAACUAGCAGUGACAUCAUUAUGUACUAUACCACAACUGGCUGGAUGAUGUGGAAUUGGCUGGUGUCUGUGCUUGCAACAGGAGCUUCCGUGGUCUUGUAUGAUGGUUCUCCCUUGGUCCCAACAGCUAAUGUGCUCUGGGAUUUGGUGGACAGACUAGGGAUCACAAUUCUUGGAACUGGAGCCAAGUGGCUAUCAGUACUUGAAGAGAGAAACCUGAAACCAGUGGAAACCCACAAUCUUCAGACUCUUCACACUAUUCUGUCUACAGGAUCCCCUUUAAAAGCCCAGAGUUAUGAGUAUGUUUACAAAUAUAUUAAGAAAAGUGUCCUCCUUGGUUCUAUCUCAGGUGGGACUGACAUAAUUUCCUGUUUUAUGGGUCAAAAUGUUUCAAUUCCAGUUUAUAAAGGAGAAAUUCAGGCCCGCAAUCUGGGCAUGGCAGUGGAAGCAUGGAGUGAAGAAGGAAAGGCAGUAUGGGGUGAGAGUGGUGAACUGGUUUGCACAAAACCAAUACCCUGCCAACCUACAUACUUCUGGAAUGAUAAGAAUGGUAACAAAUACAGGAAGGCUUAUUUCUCUAAGUUCCCAGGUGUUUGGGCCCAUGGUGACUACUGUAAAAUAAAUCCUAAGACUGGAGGGAUCAUCAUGCUUGGUCGGAGCGAUGGGACGCUCAACCCUAAUGGAGUCCGCUUUGGCAGCUCUGAAAUUUAUAACAUUGUUGAAGCCUUUGAGGAAGUCAUGGACAGCCUGUGUAUCCCACAGUACAAUAAAGAUGGGGAAGAGAGAGUGAUCCUGUUCCUGAAGAUGGUUCCUGAGCACUCUUUUAGUCAGGACUUGGUGAAGAGGAUUAAGGAUGCCAUUCGCCUCGGCUUGUCAGCCAGACACGUCCCCAGCUUCAUCUUGGAAACCAAAGACAUUCCGUAUACAAUCAAUGGAAAGAAAGUGGAAGUUGCGGUGAAACACAUCAUUGCUGGGAAAUCAGUGGAGCAGCGUGGCUCUUUCUCCAACCCUGAGUCUUUGGACUUGUACCAGAAUAUUCCUGAGCUUCAGAAUUUCUAAAUGUGACUGAAUUGUGCAUCUCUCUGACACAUUUGUACAUAGAAUUCUCCUGUCUUCUAAAAUUAUUUAAAUAUUGAGGAUUCUUUCAAGAAGGAAACUUACACAAAGUGCUUUAUAAAAAUAGAUUUAUUUAAAAAAAACUUUAUAAAAAUAGGUAAAUGAUUUCCUCUUUAGCAGUUAAAUAAUUCUUGUAUCCUGCAUCUUUGACAACUUGAAGAAUAAUUCUGCUUUUUAGAGGGAAAGGUAGCUUUGGGGGUGGGGUUAAUUAUCUAUAUGUAUACUUAGUUAAAAGAGAGGCUUUGAAUGUGUGCAUGACUGCACACGCAAACACACAAACACACAUAAAUUGUAUAUAGGAGUGCACGUGUAUAUGUUAUGACCAUUAUUCAGUGACAAUAUAAUAGGAAGUUGAGGGCCUGGCUAAUGUUCUAGGUUAACUGAAACACUGUCAUAUAAUUCCUUAUCUUGAGAAGUGACAAGGAUUUUAGAUUCAUGCUGAGAGCUUUCCAGUGAAUCUCUUAAAUGACUUGUUCACUCAAGGGGAAGGUGAACCUCAGGACUUUAAAAAUGUAGUUUAUGUUUUACUUUAUACUUUAGGCAGUUCCUCAGGAGAUGCUACUCUGUCAGUGAGCAUCAGCAGUUCCUUAGACAGUCUAGGUAAAUAGACUCUAGUCCCAGAGCUGUUCUUAGCUGAUUACUGCAACCUCUCCAAUUGAGUGACUGUUAGAUUGUGUUAUAUGUGCCUGUGCUAGUCUGACACAAUUCAUUGAACCAGAUUUAUGAAGAACCUGCACUUUCCCAUUGACAAAUGGAUUUUAAUAUUUCAUAGGACUUUCCUAUUGAAUUGAUUUUUAAUUUUUAGUAGUUUAAAAAUUUUUAAAUGUGAUUGUGAAGUGUUAACUUGUGUGUUUUGGUGAUAGACAUUUGUACCAUUGGGUGACGUUCCUUUUCUGGAAGUACAAAUGGAGACAUUGCCUUGUGUAAUGUAUUUGGCCUUGGUGAUGAAGUGUGUUCUUCUGGCAUUGAGGCUGGCCCUGGAUUCUGGGAGAGAUGGAGAUGGAGAUGCCCAGUAAUGUGGCUGAGCCUUUGUGCCCUCAGGAAAAUACUCCUUUGGUUUCUGAUAUUAUUGUACUUUCUGGAUAUGUUGAUUUCUUUAGUUUCAUGUUGAAAUUUCAUUUAUUAGAGCUUCCCAUAUUAUACCAACAAAUUAUUUUGGUGAACUCUUUAUUUCAUCCUGUUAGGGGUUUUUUACAAACUCUGGCAUUUGUUUUUGUAUUUUUUCAACCAAGUACAAUGUUCUAAAUAAAAUUAAUCUAUAAGUUCAUUUUUUUUCUUCCAGGUUUUAGUACAAAGUGCUGUUAGGAAUAUGGUGCAACAAAUAAAUGAAUAUAUCUAUAUAUUAUACAUAAA